AAUUUUCUAAAAACAAAAAAAAAUUAUAACAACAAUAACAAAAAAUAAAAAUUAAACGUAAUAAAUGAAUAGUAACUAAAUUGUUACCAAGCGGUCUGCACACACUCCAGAUUAAGCCAGACCUUUCCGAAUUUUUCAAUUAUCUGAUAAGAACGUCUAUAAAAAGGCACCCGUUAGUACUUCUGGUUAGUGCACGUAACCUACCACAAUGGAAACUACCAACAACAGUACUUUCGUUAUAUUUCUCGGCAUCCUAGUAGUGCUUAACGUAGUGAACGCAACCGUGGUUGAUCACUGUCUUCUCGGCAAUGGUACCCUUCCAGACCAAGUGGAACUCGCCAACUGCUUGACCCCCCCGUGUAUCUUUUACAUAAGCGGCAACAGCACCAUGACCAUGAAAUUCAGAUCGCCCCGCUAUAUGGAAAAUUUCGCACCAAAUGCUGUUGCACUCGCCAUGGGGAUCAAGGUAGAUUACCCUCUAGAUCAAGACGACGCUUGCGAUGGAGUCACCAACACCCCGUGCCCCUUGGCCGAAAACGAGUACAUCGAGUACACGUACUCUAUGUAUAUUUUGCCCAUCUUUCCCAAGAUAAGCUUCACUCUUGAGUUUGCGCUCGUCGAUAAAGACCAAGACAAUGAGCAGUUUGAGUGUUUUCGAGUGGAAAUUCAGCUGGAGGAUUUGCCCAACGGAUCGGGUUAGAGCCGGAAAAAUUUUUGCUGUAGUGGCACUAGACUUUAGUUUGGACUUAAAGUACUUGUGGUUAUGUUGUUGAGCUUUUGGACGGCGAUGUAAUAGAGUAGUGUUUUUGGAAAUUUGAUUUUUA